ACUCUCAGAAAAAGAAAACAAAAAAAACAAAAAACUCAUUUCAUCUUUCCAAAGAGAAAUAAAGAAGAGAUGACCAAAAUCGACUCACUCCGUCGAUUUCUUCUUCCAUGUAUCACACCUCAGACGAAUCCAACCACCGUAUCGUUCCCCGGAGGAGCAACAACUUCCAUCGGAGCUUCCAAGAAACGUCUCAGCACUUCCCUUAGAGACGACAUCGACGUUCAAGAUUCAGCUUCUUCAUCCGCCUCUUCCUCUGAGGCUGUAGUUACUUCCGCCGCCUCCGACGACUACUACAACCUCUCCGCCGUGACUGUGCCGCAGAGACCUUCCAAGACGAUGGUGAUUGGUACUAUAUUUGGUAGAAGAAAAGGACACGUGUGGUUCUGCGUUCAGCACGACCGUCUCUCUGUUAAACCAAUCCUUCUCCUCGAGCUUUCUAUAGCUACGAGCCAGUUGGUUCAGGAGAUGGGUUCGGGUCUCGUUCGUGUUGCUUUGGAGUGUCCGACCCGACCCGAGUUGAAGUCGUGUUUGCUGAGAUCCGUACCCGUUUGGACGAUGUUUUGUAACGGGAGGAAGCUAGGGUUUGCUGUGAGGAGAAGCGCUAAUGAAGAGACGAGGAUGAUGUUGAAGAGGUUGGAGUCGAUGACGGUUGGUGCGGGUGUGUUGCCUUCUGGAUCCGGGUCGGGUGAUUCGGAUGCUGAUGAGGUUAUGUAUAUGAGGGCCAAUUAUGAGCAUGUUGUUGGUAGCUCUGACUCCGAGUCGUUUCAUCUCAUUAACCCGGAUGCUAACUCGGCUCAAGAACUCAGUAUCUUCUUGCUCAGGACGUCUAGUUGAAUUGGCCAUUUGGGGUAUUAUAACUUAUGAAUCCUUUUCAUAAAGUUUUGGUUUUUUUGUUCGGGUUCAGAGAUUUGUGAAGACAGAUGAGUUAGGUCUCUUUAGUGUUUUAGGAUUUUGAGAGUUCUUGAUGAGAUAGUUCCUUGUGGGUCUUUUUGGAUUUGAGUUCUUGAUCUUUGUAAAACAUUCUUUGUUAGAAAGACUGAUGAUUGUUUCAAGAUU